CGCGGCCCGUGUGCCGACGGCCCAGCCGGGCCCCGCCUCGCCGCGCUCGCCAGGAGGGGCGGGAGCUGUGGAGCGACGGCAGCGGGCAGGCAGGCAGGCGCGGAGCUGCCCUUCCAUAAGAGCCGCCAUUAGCGGUGGGACCCCGUGACAGGGUCUCAGUGUCGGUGGCUGGCGGUGAGUGAAGGUAGCCGGGGUGGGUCCCCGUUUGAUGGAUCCUCGGAUAGCCUGGUUCCAGCCAGAGCAGCUUGGUCCCUCGAAUCGCCUGUGGAUGCAGAUCUGGGAAACUACGCAAGGGGUCCGCAAUCUCUACUUCCAUCAGGAGCAGGAGCAGGAGCAGGAGCAGCAGCAGCAGCAGCAGCAGCAGCAGCAGCAGCAGCAGCAGCAGCAGCAGCAGCAGAGCGCCCCCGCUGGGGCCGGCCCGGUCUCCCCGCCCAGCAUGUACCGCGCUGGUCCCCAGCCUGACUUCCUGCCGCUCGAGAGCGCCAACAACCAGCAGAACCGCAACCACCACCAGACCUCGCCGCCCCUGGGGGCUGCUGCCUGGGCCCGGCCCGCACAGGUCGAGCCGUCUGCCGCCACGGCCGCCAGCAACAAGAGGAAGCGCGACAACAAGGCCAGCACCUUCGGUCUUAACUACAGCCUCCUGCUGAGGCCUCCUGGGCAGGGCCGGGCCCUCGCCCUAGGAAAUGAGCCGGCCGCCCGGGCCCAGGCUGGCCUGGCCGAGUCGUUCUACAUCGGUACCCCUUGGAAGAAGAGGAACUACAGCCAAGGAGUCAUGGGUCUUCAUGAAGAAAUCAUUGACUUUUAUAAGUAUAUGUCUCCCAGACCUGAAGAAGAGAGAAUGCGGAUGGAAGUGGUGAACAGGAUAGAAAACGUUAUAAAAGAGCUCUGGCCUAAUGCAGAUGUGCAGAUAUUUGGAAGUUUUAAAACUGGUUUAUAUUUACCUACAAGUGAUAUUGAUUUAGUUGUGUUUGGAAAGUGGGAGACAUUGCCUCUUUGGACCCUGGAAGAAGCUCUUAGAAAGCACAAUGUAGCAGAUGAAAACUCAGUAAAGGUUUUAGAUAAAGCAACUGUACCUAUUAUUAAACUGACAGAUUGCUUCACUGAAGUAAAAGUUGAUAUAAGCUUUAAUGUACAGAACGGGGUUAAAGCAGCCCAGCUCAUCAAAGAUUUUAUCAAGAAAUACCCCGUGUUACCAUAUCUAGUUUUAGUAUUGAAACAGUUCCUGUUACAGAGGGACCUUAAUGAAGUAUUUACAGGUGGAAUCGGUUCUUACAGUCUUUUUUUAAUGGCUGUCAGCUUCCUUCAGCUACAUCCCAGGGAAGAUGCCUGUAUGACCAAUGCCAACUAUGGUGUUCUUUUAAUAGAGUUUUUUGAAUUAUAUGGACGUCACUUCAAUUAUCUGAAGACUGGAAUCCGAAUAAAGGAUGGUGGCUCUUACGUUGCCAAAGAUGAAGUGCAAAAAAGCAUGCUGGAUGGCUACAGACCAUCAAUGCUGUAUAUUGAAGAUCCAUUACAGCCAGGUAAUGAUGUUGGGAGGAGUUCCUAUGGUGCCAUGCAAGUGAAACAGGCUUUUGAUUAUGCCUAUGUUGUUUUGAGCCAUGCAGUUUCCCCAAUAGCUAAAUAUUACCCUAACAACGAAAUGGAAAGUAUAUUAGGUAGAAUAAUUAGAGUAACACAAGAGGUGGCCGCAUACAGAGAGUGGAUAUCAAAGCAGUGGGGAAUGCAAAGUAGGGCGGAGUCUUCAUGUAACGGUAAUGGAGUAACCUUGAUAGUAGAUACUCAGCAGCUAGACAAAUGCAACAAUAAUCUUGCUGAAGAGGAUGAAGCACUAUCAAAACCUAGAAAUAAAACUUCAGAAAUACUUAGUAAACAUUCUUCAAAUUCUUCAUCAGGUCCUUCAUCAUCAUCCUCUACACUGUCCAGCUGUAGUGAUGUAGAUUCUGAUGGAACACCGUGCAAAACCUCUAAACAGUUGAGUUGUCGUCAGUCUACCAAAACCAGAGUGGGGUCACAAGAAGUGUCACUGGAAUCUUCCCAGUCAAGUGGGAAAACACAAAAUAGCCAAACAGCCAAUACUUCCAGCAACAUGAACAAAUCUCAGCAUGGAUCUGCAUGGUUAUUUUGCUCUUCUAACAAAGGCUUCCAAGGUCCAAUAAACUCAAGCCACAGUACCUCAGUCACAAACAAACAUCAAGGCAGCAAAUCACACCAUCACUUCUUCCAUGGCAAAAAGAGGAAGCACAAGAGGGAUGCAGCCCUUUCAGACCUUUGUAGAUAGUUGCCUAUUUUAUGACUGCCUUUCUGUGUGCAAUGAUCUCAUGCUACAGGAUAGUUUGAUAGUGACUCCUUGGAUCUCUUCCAGAGCUUCAGACUGUUGCUGAUUAGCAACUGCAAUUUUUUUUCCCAGCUCACCAGAGAACAGAUCAUGAAGACUGAUCACUGCAAAAAAUGCUAAAAAGAAAAAAAAAAGAAAAAUAUAAAAACAACAAA